AUGUGGGGGGCCAACUUGGGGCCCGACCCCAUCAGCUGUAACGCUGGGAUCAGCGCGUGCGACAGAGGCGGUCAAUGGCAGCAGGCUUGUCUGCUCAUCGGCGAGAUGCGGCAGGCGAGGAUGGCGCCAGACGUCAUCAGCUAUAGCGCUGGGAUCAGCGCGUGCGCAAGGGGUGGACAGUGGCAGCAGGCUCUGUCACUGCUCAGUGAGAUGCGGCAGGCGAAGGUGGAGCCAAACUCAGUUAUAACAAAGGGGCUGUCGCGUGCGGGAAGUGCGCACAGUGGCAGCAGGCUCUCUGGCUGCUCAGGGAUAUGA